CUCGAAGUAGCCAAAAUGGCAAAAAUCGCCAAAUCUGGCACCACUAAAAACUGGCAGAAUUUAGACAAUAAAUUAGUCUCACAAGCUAUUCAUUAAGAAAAAAAAGAAUCAUUCUGUUUUUUGCUUAGACUAUUUUUUUUUCCAUCCUCUAAUGUUUUUUGCCAAAUCCGAUAAAUUAAAACUGAUAAAAAAGUGUUAGACAUGUAGUUUGUGAUUUGAAUUUGUAUGUUUUAACAUUUAUUUUGCAUAUAAGUAACAAAAUAUUAGAACCACCAAAUAUGAAGGUGUCAGAGCUAGCAGGUGACGAAAACACUCUGACAUGCAGAACAUAUGUGAUCCCAAAUGAAAGUCACACUCUAGGGAAUGCAUUGAAAACCAUUAUUAAUAGUUAUGAUGAUGUCCAAUUCUGCGGCUACACUGUACCUCACCCAGCAGAAAGCAAAAUGCUCUUCAGGAUACAAUCCCAAGGCACACCAGCCCUAGAAAUACUGAAACGUGGCCUCAAAGAUUUGGAGAAAGUGUGUGACCACACCAUUAAUUUGUUUGAAAAAAACGUCAAGGAGUUUAAUAAAACUUGA